AUGGACGGAAUCGAAGCGUCUAUGUCUCAUUCGGAUAUCAUUGUAAUGGAGACCCUAAAAAGGAAAAAAAUUCUUUUGGAGCUCAACGACUCACGAAGCCCUGACGCGAAUCGCCGAAAGUUGAAAGCAUGGAAUGAAAUUCGAGCAAUCAUACAGGUUCAAUGCAAAAAAAUGAUGUCUAUCACGCAGAUCAAAAGAGUUUGGAGGAACAGAAAAGCUCACGUGAGAGAUGUGCUUCUAAGACACUCACAGGGAACAGGACGCGGUCGCGAUUUCAACUUGGAGAAGACUAUCGCUAGGGCAUCAGCUUCUCUCACGGAAGCUGAGACCAAGUUAGCUCAAUGCUUGGGACGUGAAGCUGUUAUGAGUGGCCUUGGAAGAAUGGAAACAUUUGUUGAAAAACAGAGCGUUACUGAUUCACCAGAAUCGACGUUGGAGGGCACUAGUAAGGGCUGGAGAGAUGACGGACGGGCUGAAAGAGGCAAGAACGAGGUUGAAGGAAGGAGAAGGAGUGGAUCCUCAUGUGCGAUGAACCAGCAGUCAUAUGCCUAUAAGAAAAGAAAUCGAAGCGAGAGCACUAGCGAUUUCUCGGAUUCGACAUCGGAGGACUCAGACUUCGGAUGGGGGAAUGGUGGGAAGCCAAAAAGGCUCCGGAAGGAAGAAGGCAGAGGAAGGGAGAAGAGAUUGGGCUACCCGUUGGCGGUCGAGGACCAGUCUUUUGUGCAUAAAGAAAAGUCGAGCUGCGAAGACGACUGUGUGCUGUUUGAAUCUAAAGUGGAAAGUUCGAAGAAUGGAUGGAGGUCUGGUGGGUGGGCAGAAAUGCGUCAGAAGAAGGACGACGAAAACAGUGAGGAAAAAAGCUAUCCGCAAAUGACUGAUGAGAAGAAACUAGGACGCACUCUACGUAAGCGUAUGCUGCAACAACCCGAAGAUUUUGACAGCGAUUGCUCGACUGUCAGUAUUGGCGCAACGAGGCAACAAAGUUCGGAUAGGGCUAUUAAUGAGCUGCAGCUGACAGUUCUGAAGAAGCAGCAAGCACUCAAUGAAAAGAAAUCGCGUGCGCUUGAUCUCUACAUUGAUGUAUUACGACAACAACAGCAGUUUUACGCCACCAUUCUGAAAGAAAGUCUCCAAGUUUUCGGAGAAAAUAACAAGCAUACAGAAGGUUCUCAUGAAAAGGAGAUGUUGUCGAAUUCGGAUUAUACCGAAGGAGACCUCAACUUGGAAGUGUCGGAAGACUCGAAGCCUCCAGUCACACAUGCGUAGCUGUUUUUUAUUUGUUAUCAUUUCCCACUUUGUUGCCUUCAAACGUUGGUCUCACCAGCACGUGCCCUGUUUCAUUGUAUCAUUUUUGUUUCUUCUUUACCUCUCUCUCAAUGAAAUUAAUCCCGAGUUUUGUGUACAACUUUAUGUCUGCGUUUAAAAUCGUAGGAUGCGCGCAGCAAAAGUUGUUGCUCACUUAUUCGAUC